AUGGCUCUGCUUCUGCUCUCCUGCCUGGCCGUCCUGGGAACUGGGGCCUGCUACCACCACCGGCUCUGCCGCCGCUCCGGUGGCGUCUUCCUGUGCCAGGGCAGCCCGGUGACCCAGGUGCCCGCCGACAUCCCCGGAGACGCCAACCAGCUGAGAUUUGUGCUCACCAAGCUGAGGGUUAUUCAGAGAGGCGCCUUCUCGGGACUGAACUCCCUGGUGAAAAUAGAGAUCUCUCAGAACGACGCCCUGGAGACCAUCGAAGCCAACGUCUUCUCCAACCUGCCCAGGCUGAUGGAGAUAAGAAUAGAGAAAGCCAACAAACUCGUCCGCAUCGACCCGAAGGCCUUCCAGACUCUCCCGAGCCUCCGCUACCUGUUAAUAACCAACACGGGGCUCCGACUUCUGCCUACUUUUCACAGGAUCCGUUCCCCCCAGCCCGUGCUGCUGGACAUCCAAGACAACCUCCACAUCCGGACUGUCGGCAGGAACGCGUUCGCCGGGCUGAGUUCUGAGCACGUUACCCUGUGGCUGAGGAGAAAUGGAAUCCGAGAAAUCCAGAACUACGCUUUCAACGGAACCCAACUGGAUGAACUGAAUCUCAGCGACAACCAAUUCCUGGAAGAACUGCCAGACGAGGUCUUCAGGGGGGCCAUUGGCCCCGUUGUCCUGGAUGUUUCCGGCACGAAUGUCCGGGCCCUCCCACGCGGCGGGCUGGAGGCCGUGAAGAAACUCCGGGCCAGGUCGGCCUACCAGCUGAAGACCCUUCCCGGGCUGGACCGGCUGACCGCCUUACUGGACGCUGACCUCACCUACCCCAGUCACUGCUGCGCCUUCAUCCAAGGGCACCGCCACCCCUUGGAGCUGCAUCCGCUGUGCAACGCGUCCCUGCUGAGGCCGGAGGCGGGCGAGGGGAGAGGGUGGACGGGGCCUCCGGGCGGGGAGGCCGGGGACCCGGACCCAGAAGUGGGGGGCGAGUGGGACUACGGGCUGUGCGGCGGCCGGGGAGCGGGCGCCGUGACCUGCGCCCCCGAGCCGGACGCCUUCAACCCGUGCGAGGACAUCGUGGGCCCCGCCGUCCUGCGCGUCCUGCUCUGGGCCGUGGGCCUCCUGGCCGUGGGCGGCAACGGCGUGGUCCUGUCGGUGCUGCUGAGCAGCCGGGCCAAGCUGACCGUGCCGCGCUUCCUCAUGUGCCACCUGGCCUUCGCCGACCUGUGCACGGGCCUCUACCUGCUGCUCAUCGCCGGGGCGGACGCCCGCACCCGGGGCCGCUACCACGACCACGCCAUCGCCUGGCAGGGCGGGCCGGGCUGCCGGGCGGCCGGCUUCCUCACGGUCUUCGCCAGCGAGCUGUCCGUCUACACGCUGACCGCCCUCACCCUGGAGCGCUGGCACACCAUCGCCCACGCCCUGAGGCGGGAGCGGCGGCCGCGCCUGCGCCACGCGGCCGCCGCCAUGGCCGCCGGCUGGCUCCUGGCCGGGGCGGCCGCCGCCCUGCCCCUCUUGGGCGUCAGCGGCUACACCAAAGUCAGCAUCUGCCUGCCCAUGGACGUGGCCUCCCUGCCCGCCCGGGCCUACGUCCUCGUCCUCCUGGGCCUCAACGUGGCCGCCUUCGUCGUCGUCUGCGUCUGCUACGGCCGCAUCUUCGCGGCCGUGAGGCGCCGCUCGUCGUCGUCGUCGUCGUCACCGUCCCCCGCCUCGGCCGGCGACGCCCAGGUGGCCAAGAAGAUGGCCGUCCUCAUCUUCACCGACUUCCUGUGCCUGGCGCCCAUCUCCUUCUUCGCCCUGUCGGCCGCCCUGCACGCCCCCCUCAUCACCCUGUCCCACUCCAAGCUGCUCCUGGUGGUCUUCUACCCCAUCAACUCCUGCGCCAACCCCUUCCUCUACGCCAUCUUCACCGAGGCCUUCCGCCGCGACUGCUUCCUGCUGCUGGCCCGCUGGGGCUGCUGCCGGGGCCGGGCCCGCCUGUACCGGGCGGACACCUCCUCCUCCGCCCCGCGGCCCCCCGGAUCCGCGGCGGCCCCCGACGGGAGACCCCGUCUCCUCCUCCCCUGA